AUGGAAACUCUUACCAAUGGAAAUCAAAACAUGUUCCUUGUGCUCUAUACCUUCAUCGGUGUGAUCGGCAUUGCCGUUAACGGACUGGUGCUGGUGACGCUGCGCCGGAAGCGAAAUUGUUCGUGGCUUAAUAUACAGCUGUGUGCUGCCAACAUGCUGUCCCUCAGCUCCAUCGCAUUCGCUGCUCCCUCAGCCUGGCAUGGCAGGUGGACAUCUCCUCACCUCACCUCACCACACCUCACCUCACCGUCCCUCCUCUCACCUCACCUCAUCCCAUCAUACAUCUCCCCACCUCACCUCACCUCACCGCAUCUUCGCUCUCCUGACUUCACCUCACCUCACCUCAUCCCAUCUUACAUCUCCCCACCACACCUCACCUCACCGUCCCUGCUCUCACCUCGCCUCAUAUCUCACCUUACAUCACCUCAUCUCACCUCAUUAGACAUCUUCUCAACUCACCUCACCACACCUCCUCUCACCUCACCAUAUCACAUCAUACAUCUCUCCACCUCACCUCACCUCACCUCACCGUCCCUCCUCUCCACUCACCUCAACACGUCUCCUCACCUCAUCAAACCUCACCUCACCACACCUCACCUCACCUCACCCUCCCUCCGCUCACAUCACCGUCCCCCCUCUCACCUCACCUCACCUCACCUCUACUCACCUCACCCUCCCUCCGCUCACAUCACAACACCAAACCUCACCUCACCACACCUCACCGUCCCUCCUCUCACCUCACCUCACCUCACCCUCCCUCCGCUCACAUCACAGUCCCCCCUCUCACCUCACCUCACCUCACCUCACCUCAACUCACCUCAACUCACCCUCCCUCCGCUCACAUCACAUCACCUCACCUCACCUCACCUCACCACACCUCACCUCACCGUCCCUCUUCUCAUCUCACCUCACCCUCCCUCCGCUCACAUCACCUCACCUCAGCUCACCACACGUCACCUCACCACACCCUCCCUCCGCUCACAUCACCGUCCCCCCUCUCACCUCACCUCACCUCACCUCACCCCACCCUCCCUCCGCUCACAUCACAACACCUCACCUCACCACACCUCACCUCACCGUCCCUCCUCUCACCUCACCACACCUAACCUCACCACACAUCACCUCACCUCACCGUCCCUCCUCUCACCUCACCUCACCUCACGCUCCCUCCUCUCACCACACCUCACCUCACCUCGACUCACCUCACCCUCCCUCCGCUCACAUCACAUCACCACACCUCACCUCACCACACAUCACCGCCCCCCUCUCACCUCACCUCAACUCACCCCACCCUCCCUCCGCUCACAUCACCUCACCUCACCUCACCUCACCACACCGUCCCCCCUCUCACCUCACCUCACCUCAACUCACCUCACCCUCCCUCCGCUCACAUCACCUCACCUUACCACACCUCACCUCACCACACCUCACCUCACCUCACCUCACCUCACCUCACCUCACCACACCUCACCUCACCACACCUUACCACACCUCACCACUCUUCACCACACCUCACCUCACCACACCUCACCACAUCACACCACACCUCACCUCACCACACCUCACCACACCUCACCUCACCACACCAAACCUCACCACACCUCACCUCACCAAACCUCACCACACCUCACCUCACCACUCUUCACCACACCUCACCUCACCACACCUCACCUCACCUCACCCUCCCUCCGCUCACAUCACCGUCCCCCCUCUCACCUCACCUCACCUCACCUCUACUCACCUCACCCUCCCUCCGCUCACAUCACAACACCAAACCUCACCUCACCACACCUCACCGUCCCUCCUCUCACCUCACCUCACCUCACCCUCCCUCCGCUCACAUCACAGUCCCCCCUCUCACCUCACCUCACCUCACCUCACCUCAACUCACCUCAACUCACCCUCCCUCCGCUCACAUCACAUCACCUCACCUCACCUCACCUCACCACACCUCACCUCACCGUCCCUCUUCUCAUCUCACCUCACCCUCCCUCCGCUCACAUCACCUCACCUCAGCUCACCACACGUCACCUCACCACACCCUCCCUCCGCUCACAUCACCGUCCCCCCUCUCACCUCACCUCACCUCACCUCACCCCACCCUCCCUCCGCUCACAUCACAACACCUCACCUCACCACACCUCACCUCACCGUCCCUCCUCUCACCUCACCACACCUAACCUCACCACACAUCACCUCACCUCACCGUCCCUCCUCUCACCUCACCUCACCUCACGCUCCCUCCUCUCACCACACCUCACCUCACCUCGACUCACCUCACCCUCCCUCCGCUCACAUCACAUCACCACACCUCACCUCACCACACAUCACCGCCCCCCUCUCACCUCACCUCAACUCACCCCACCCUCCCUCCGCUCACAUCACCUCACCUCACCUCACCUCACCACACCGUCCCCCCUCUCACCUCACCUCACCUCAACUCACCUCACCCUCCCUCCGCUCACAUCACCUCACCUUACCACACCUCACCUCACCACACCUCACCUCACCUCACCUCACCUCACCUCACCUCACCUCACCACACCUCACCUCACCACACCUUACCACACCUCACCACUCUUCACCACACCUCACCUCACCACACCUCACCACAUCACACCACACCUCACCUCACCACACCUCACCACACCUCACCUCACCACACCAAACCUCACCACACCUCACCUCACCAAACCUCACCACACCUCACCUCACCACUCUUCACCACACCUCACCUCACCACACCUCACCUCACUACACCACACCUCACCUCACCUCACCUCACCUCACCACACCUCACCAGACCACACCUCACCUCACCUUACCACACCUCACCUCACCACACCACACCUCACCUCACCUCACCUCAACACAACUCACCUCACCAGACCUCACCUCACCUCACCAGACCUCACCUCACCAAACCUCACCACACCUCACCACACCUCACCUCACCACACCACACCUCACCUCACCUCACCUCACAGCACCUCACCGUCCCUCCUAUCACCUCACCUCACCACACCUCACCUCACCUCACCACACCUCACCUCACCGUCCCUCCUCUCACCUCACCUCAACACACCUCACAUCAUCGUCCCUCCUCUCAACACACCUCACCUCACCACACCUCACACCACCACACCUCACCACACCUCACCACACCUCACCUCACCGUUCCUGCUCUCACCUCACCUCACCACACCUCGCUUCACCUCACCUCACCUCACCUCACCACACCUCACCACACCACACCUCACCACACCACACCACACCUCACCACACCUCAUCACACCUCACCUCACCACACCUCACCACACCUCACCUCACCCCACCACACCUCACCACAACUCACCUCACCACACCUCACCUCACCUCACCUCGCCGUCCCUCUUCUCACCACACCUCACCUCACCGUCCCUCCUCUCACCUCACCUCUCCUCCUCUCACCAUACUUCACCUCACCGUCCCUCCUCUCACCUCACCUCACCUCACCUUCCCUCCGCUCACAUCACCUCACCUUACCUAACUUUCCUUUCGUGGGUGUUCGGGGACUUCCUGUGCCAAUGGUUCGGGUUUCAGGCUUUUACUGCGGGAUUUGCUGAGAUGAUGUUCACUUCCGCUGUUUGUAUAGACACAUACUUCCUUCUCACAAGGACAGACGCACAGCAAGCAUAUAACAAGGCUGUCUACACGCUGGUGUCCGGCUGCAUCUGGGGCUACGCUGUCUUCUUUGGAGCAGCCCCCAUUCUGGGAUGGAGCAGAUACAAACACGAGAAAUAUUCCGCGAGCUGCGGGUUGGAUCUGGACACUGACACGAGCAGUAACUUCUCGUACAUCAUGGUCACCCAGACGCUUUUCCUCGCAGCGUCCCUGGCGACCGUCAUCUGCCUCGUUCUGGCCGCUCGCCGCGCACGGACAGACAGACAGAGUUUCGCUCCUCUGUGUUCUGAUGCUAACAUGGUGAAGCUGAGCGCAUGCUUGUUCCUUGUCCUUGCUGUCUUCUGUGUGCCCUACUACAUGCGCGUGCUAAGUUUCCUGCGCGGCGAGCCGCCCUACUUCCGGAACUUCCUGUCUGUGGAGUUCUCCCACCUUGCGAUGAAGGCCGGCUGCCUUUUCCAACCGUUCGUCUACAUGGCGUUCUCGGACGCCUUCAAGAAGGAGCUGGUUGAACGCUUGUCGGGGAAUACGGCCGUCGUCGAGUCAAAGAAAUGUUAA